AUGGCUCCAACCACGCCUCGAAAGAGAAGCAAGCUCCUCCUGAAGUCGCUAUGGGAGCUUCAAAAGAACGACGUCCCCAUGACUGCUGCCACCCUCCUUGAGGUCAAAUACCUGCUACGGAGCUGUCGAAGAUGCACCCUCAUCGAGGUCAAAACUCCUAGGCCUCGUGCCAACAUCAUCGAUCCCAUCCCUUUCAGCAUCGACAAUGGCACUGUUCCCGAGUUCAUCCUGUGCCAGCUUUUAGACCAGAAACUGAUGGACUCACACAACUACCAGGACACCAUAGCUCUGCCCGCUGUUCUCUCUGUACUUCAGCUCACGUAUACGACAGAAGCUCCCAACAGGCAUUGGGUCUUUCCCACUCAGUUCCGCUGGCACUGCUCCAGGACACACAGAACACACAUCAUCUUUGCAUACACAGACAUCAGGAUGAAGCCCAACACGUACAGUGUUGAGGAGCUGCUUGAUCUGAGAACCAUUGCAUCUCCGGACUCCAUCGCUGCUGUUGCCUUUCGGGACAACGAGCUUGCUGACGAUUUUCUGGUAGCAGAGAUGCUCCGCACCAAGUCGCGUGUCAGCUCCCGCAGCUACAACUCGAAUACCUCCAAUACGAACACGCUGAAGCGUAGUGGCAAGCGCACCGGUGACGACUCCUCUUCUACCACGUCUGACGAGGUCGUCUUCAAGGGAACCAUGAGCCGCCGCGCUCAAAGGCCUGAGGCUGUCCAGCCUGUCCAGCCGUCCUCGACUGCCACGGCUGACGCCAAGAUGACUGCUGCUUCAGUCUCUGAGUCUGAUCAGGCCGCGGAGUGGAAGUACCAGGGCCGAAGCAGCUUUGAGGGCGCCAACAAUGAGCCUCUGUCUGCUCCGACCGGUACCAACGCUCAGCAACACGAGGGGUUCCAGCGUUUCUAUAAGGCGGUCGUCUCGCCCACACACGUUCGUGUCACCGCUGGAGGACGCAUCGUUCCCAACACGCGCAACACGGUCUCUCCUACCGCCAAGCGCCCCAAGGAUGGUGAGAAUGUCCACAAUGGCAGCCAGCCCGAGCCAACUCCCGCCACAGCCCCGAAGCAGCCUGUCCAUGUCGUGGGAAUGCCGCACCCGAUGCAUUUCUUUUAUCCUGGUUUUCACCCAAGCAUGUCUCCCAUUCACCCCAUGACUGGCAUGCCAAUGCCUAUGAUGCCCCACGGCUACCCGUUCCCCAUGCCAAUGCCCAAUGCACCCGCGGCACCUGCCACGCAGGAAGCCUCACUCAAGGAGAACCAGGCCAAGCGGGCUGAGGAAAACAUGAACGGUUCUUCUGAACCUGCGUCGGUCAAGGCGGAGAUCAGGCUCUCGCCUCCCGAGCAGUUCGACCACGGCAGGCCCUUCAUGUACAACGGGCAGCAGUGGAUGUUCCCCAUGUUCCCCUCGCCGUACCCAGGAUAUAUGGGCAUGCCGCCUCCUCCAGGCUACGCGGGCCCUCCCCUCCCAGGUACCCCCAUGAUGAUGCCUCCUCCUAUGACCAUGGCCUCAAUGAUGGGACCCAUGGGGCCAGUGGGACCUAUGGGCCCGGUCGGCUCGAUGGGACAUUUUGGACCGCAGCCGCAUCAGGGUGCUACACAGCCCACGAACACGGUGCCACUUUCGUCUCGCCAGCCGACUCCACAGCCACACUCUCAGCCUCCCAUCUCUUCCAUUCGCCCAAGUCAGAUCACUCGGAAGCAAAUUGAUGGCCUUCGAGCCAACCUCAAGUACCAUGAGGACCAAGUACAGUACAACAAGCACCAGAUUGACGAAAAGGACAUGGAAAACAAGAUCAAUCUACUACAGGCUGAUAUAGAUCGCUUUGAGCGUGUCUUCAAGGCGCAGUCUGAGUACGAGGAGAAGCACUACCCCAAGUCUGAGAAAGUCAAGGAGGAUGUCUCCUCAUCAGGUGGUCGAGAGUCAGCACCAUCCACCAAGACAUCCCAGUCUCAGUCCGAGGAGAGCAAGGAGAGCAAAGCAACAACCAUGUCCACCCACCCUCAGCCCAAGAGCAGCACUGCCUCCUACAAUGAUGAGCCUGGCCCUGAUCAUCAUCGGCUGAUGGUGAACACCGUCAGGAAGACUACCCUGCCCAGUGGUGCUGCUCUUGCACCUGUCUUUCAGCCGCGCUCUGUGUCAGCCUUCACAGUGCCAGUGACCAAGGAUCCAAGCAAGCACUGGCAGUCAGCCAAGGCUGGUGAGGACAUCACUCAAGAGCAGCUUGAGGCUGCAGAGAAGAAGCUCGUGGCUGCGGGCGCCAAGGCCUGGAACAUGUCUCAACAGGUUCAGGAGCUUGCCAAUCCGCCAGCCCAAGGCCAAUCACCCAACCAUGGCCGGAACAAUCUUGGCGAGCCUUACCUGGUCGGCACUCUACCUCAGGAUGUGAAUCCUUACUCUGUUCAUCACCGAAUUGAGUACGAGUACAGUCGCAAGUUGACUGAUGAAGAGCUGCAAGCCCGCCACAUGUACUGGGGCAAGGCUUCUCGCUCUGUUAGCCAGGGCUUGCCCAAGUACGAUGGCAAGAAUUUCUACCCUCCCUCGCCAACUAAGAACAUUCCUUGCAGUGGAUCUCCCCAACGGUCACGCAGGCCUAUUGAUGUGCCUCAGAUCAACUAUGGAUACCCUCAUCAGAAUGACAAGGGCGUUAAGCUUUCCCCUGGUGUCGCUCCCAACGAUAACUUGUUGAAAGCGGAGGAGGCUGACAACAUCAGCAACGACCCAUCCAUCAGUCCUUCACCAUCUUUCAUCAGCCAGGCUGAAGACCAUAGUGAGGAGUUCGAGAAGGCACUGGCUGAGACCAAGUCCAGUGAGAUGGAAUCCGAGGGUUCUCAUUGCAAGGAUGUGAGCGAGACGAGAAGUGCGGACUAUCAUGAUUCAAGAAUCAAUGGGGCUGCGUCCAGAAUCUGGCACAGUAUGCUCAAGAGGGGUCUUACAACCAGCGAGGUCCUUCCCAGCACUGUCAGCUCUACCACGGCCCAGGGCUACCUCCCACAAUUUACCGGUCAUGCUGCUGCCUCCCUCAGCCCUACCAUUUCUGGUACCAUCAGCUCCCCCAGCCGAGGCUCCCCGUCCAAGGAUAAUGAGACUAACACCAAUGGUACUUCUACCUUCAUGACCCAGAAGGUUGUGGAAAAUUGCCCUCCAGCUCCGGCCGAGCGCCUCUCUGAUACCCUGCUCAACAUGGUCGGCAUCAAGGCAUCCGCUUGGGCCGGCUAA